AUGGUAUUUCAACCUCGUGACAUUCCCCUACAUUACUCCUUAUUGCUAUUUUCUUACAUCUCAUUGCAGUUUUUGGAAAAUUGUAACUCUUAACAAUUUUCGAGAACUUGUAAACCACUAUGGUUUAUGUGUCUAACUCUACGGAAUUUGUAUGCUAAAAGAAACAUGGGUUGUAGCGGAUCGUCUCACGCCAAGCCAAACAGAAUUGUGAAAAAGAUAAUAAGAAAGCCAAAACCAUGGAAGCAUCCACAGCCAAUAACAAGAAGUCAGUUGAUGCAGCUAAGGGAAGAGUUUUGGGACACUGCUCCUCACUAUGGUGGUAAGAAAGAAAUCUGGGAUGCGCUUCGUGCUGCGGCAGAAGCUGAUCUGGACCUAGCUCAAGCAAUUGUGGACAGUGGUGGGAUCAUUGUCCACAACACUGACAUGACCGUCUGCUACGAUGAAACAGGUACCAAAUAUGAACUACCGAAGUACGUUUUGAGCGAGCCAACGAACAUGAUAAGAUAUGAUUGAGAAGAUGAAUAGUAGUUGAAGCUGGUGCAUAUGUUGUAAUGUCCGUUUUUUCAGUCUUGAGUUUGGUUCUGUCAUUUUCUUCUACCAUCAACUAUAACGUAAUUCCACAUUUGUCGCUACCACAUAACCCCUUUUUAAGUUUAAAGUGGCGAAACUGAAAGCACCAAUUCCUUUUUUCGUUCAUAGUCGGAAAAUUUGCUAGGAAUAUUAGGAGUUGGGAUUCACGUACUGGUAGUAUUUGGUUCACAUUUACUGGAACAGUGAAUAAUUGUGAGUAAUUGGAUGCCAAUUCCCAUAUUGAAAUAAGUGUACAAGGUAACAUUUUCAAACUUUAGGUUAUGUAGUGCUUUGGUACAUGUUAUGCAAAGGAAGAUAUGGUUUGAGGACUUGAA